CACGUAAACGAAGUAGUCAAAAGGGCCCCUCUCGCUCUCGCUCUCUCUCGUCAUCACGUAAAGGAGCAAACAAGCUUCUUUGCUUUGUUUGUUUCUCCUCUUUUUAAAUCUGAAUCUCUCUUUUGUAUCCAUAGAAGUUACUAGGAGGAGGAGCAGCUGCUAAUUAAGCAGGCAUGGGAAAGAAGCUUGAUGCUAUUCUUGGAAGAACCUUCAAGGCCUCCAAAUUCAAAGCGCUUGUCAAUCUUGCUACUUCUCGCCUCGCAGUUUUCAAGAACCAACGCCAAGUCAGGUGCAAUCAAGCCCGCUCUGAUGCGCUUCAGCUUCUUCAACAAGGCCACCAUGAACGUGCUCUUCUUCGUGUUGAGCAAGUGAUCAAGGAGCAGCAUAUGUUGGAUGUGUAUGUUAUGAUAGAAGGAUAUUGCAAUCUCUUGGUUGAAAGGGUCCAUCUCAUUGAUCAGGAGAGAGUGUGUCCUGAUGAACUGAAGGAGGCAGUUUCAGGUUUGCUUUAUGCGUCUAGCAGAUGCGGAGAUUUCCCUGAGCUUCAAGAAAUCCGCACCGUUUUUACUUCCUGGUAUGGGAAGGAAUUUGCUGCUCGUUCUAUUGAAUUGAGAAAUAAUUGUGGAGUCAAUCCCAAGAUUAUACAAAAGCUAUCAACCAGGCAACCAGACUUGGAUAGCAGAAUGAAGCUCCUCAAGGAGAUUGCCUCAGAGAACGACAUCGUUGUGCAGCUUGAGGAAGCCUCUGGUACAAAUGAGGAAAAACUGGAUGUAAGCAAGAAGCAGAACCAGACUGAGCACAAGACGUCAACUAAUUCAGGCAGCCCUAAGCUGGUUGGCAAUUUGCAAAUUUCACCUGAUGAGAUGGAAAAGGAUGCCUUCAGUGAUUCAGUUAAGACAAGGAAAAACUAUAGGGACGUAUCUGAUGCUGCUCAAGCAGCUUUUGAGUUAGCUGCAGAUGCAGCUGCUGCUGCAAGAGCAGCUGUGGAGCUCUCUCGUUCUGAACCCCAUGAUCCUGACAAUCAGAACAAUCCAAGUAAUCGAGGGAAAAAAGUAUCAGAUAAAGAUGAGUCCAUGAAACUUGAAUCUGAACACAGAAGUCAUGUGUUCCACCAUGAAAAUGAGGCUACAAAAUUGAAGGGUAACAAUUCAGCAGAACAGAAGGGGUCAGUAACCACUUCCACUUCAAAUUCAGGUCCAAUAGAAGAAGACUUGAGGGUAUAUUCAAUGUCGCUGGAUGCAGAACACCUAGUCAAGCAGUUGGAGAAGGAUAUAGUUUUUGAUGACAGUGAUAAUGAAACUCAUGAUUUGGGAUCCAAUAUAAGGUCUGGCGAGAUCGAAGGAGAGGUCCAGGAAGCUGAGAAGAAAAUCCCUUCAAUCAUUCAAGCUGGUCUAAACAAAGAGAAGGGGAAAUUUUCUGUCAGGACCAGAGGAGUGCGUGGAUACUGAAAAACAUGAGCAUAUUAAGUUUGUGAGUUUUGCUGAUGGAGUGGCUUUUUCUCUUCUCCCAGUUUUUUGAAUGUAAACUUGUUCAUUUUUUUUUUAAAUACUGAAAAUUUUGUUGGGUUAAAAAGAAUAAUGCAACUGAUGAGGUGCUAAAUUUGUACAUCAACCGUUUGAAGAGGAUUCCUAACAAAACACACUAACACCCCCUAUGCUGAUAUGAA